CCUCUGUCUCUCUCUCUAAAACUGCUCCGAUCUUGAGCGAGAAACAGCUACGCUGUCCGAGUUUCCGACUUACUUGUUCUUCUUGCUCCUUUAUUCUUUGAAUCCCCACCUUCGCGUGGAAAUAAUUGAAGAACUAAUUGGUAGAAACGAAGAAACCCUAGAAUUGCAGAAGGGAUUGUGGCAGAGAAAAUUUCGAAAUGAGGACUCUUGUUUCGCGUUUGAUCCAUUCAAGAUCAACUGUUCCCAGGCUCUAUGCAAUGGGCGUAUCGAACAGUGAAAGAUAUUUGUCAACGGAAUCUAAUAAGGUCGACGAACCCUUUAAAGUUGAGGAGGCAGAGACUGUCAAUGUUCCUCCUCCUCCUACAGAGAAGUUACUUGUGUUGGGUGGAAAUGGAUUUGUUGGUUCACAUGUUUGUAAAGAGGCUGUGGACCGCGGUUUGUCUGUUGCAAGCCUGAGCAGAUCCGGUCGAUCAUCCAUACAGGAUUCAUGGGUUAGUGACGUAAUUUGGCACCAAGGAAACCUUCUAUCACCCGGUUCUUGGGAGGACGCUCUGAAUGGGGUCACUUCUGUGAUCUCUUGUGUUGGUGGUUUUGGCUCCAAUUCUUACAUGUAUAAGAUCAAUGGGACUGCAAAUAUCAAUGCAAUUAGAGCUGCUUCAGAAAAAGGUGUGAAAAGGUUUGUCUACAUCUCUGCUGCUGACUUUGGUGUGGCAAAUUAUUUAUUGCAAGGAUAUUACGAGGGAAAGAGAGCCGCUGAGGCAGAGCUAUUAAUCAAAUUCCCUUAUGGGGGAGUGGUUCUGAGGCCCGGAUUCAUUUAUGGGACUCGCCGUGUUGGAAGCAUGAAACUACCUCUGGGUGUUAUUGGUUAUCCACUGGAGACGGUUCUCCAACGCGCAAAACCUCUGAGCCAAGUGCCGCUGGUGGGGCCUCUGUUCAUUCCUCCUGUAAACGUCACUUCAGUUGCAAAGGUUGCUCUUAGAGGGGCCACUGAUCCUGUCUUCCCUCCUGGAAUUGUUGAUGUCUACGGGAUACAACGUUAUAAGCAGAAGAAGUUUUAAGUCCAUGUCUUGGUUGCUUCUCUUCUUCUUUCUGUUUAUCAAUACUUCAAACUCGGGGAAAAAAAAAAUUGCAUGAAAUGAGAAUCUUUCAUGCUCGUUACUGGUUAAUCAGAGAUGUUGUAUGGGGAUCGUUGAGCCAAUAAUGUGCGCCGAGUUAUGGCAAUAUUUUUUUGUUUGAUUA